AUGAUCUCAGAGAUAGAAAGAGGAAUGUUAGGGUGCAAAUGCCUUUAUUGGAACAAUCUGAGAGAAUUUCUGCCAUUGAAGCAACCUGAAACCUUCUCGCUUCCUGCUUCAAUUCCCCAGUGGCCUUCAGGUAAAGGCUUUGCUUCAAGAAGAAUCAGUCUUGGCGAUUUAGAAGUCGCCGGGAUCACCGAUUUUGAAUUCAUAUGGCGAUACUGCUCUCCUAAAGACAUCAAGAAGAGUGUUUCCUUCUACAAACCGGACAAAUUGCCUGAAGGUUUCCACUGUUUAGGUCAUUACUGUCAGUCUGAUUCUCGCCUCUUGAGAGGUUUUGUUCUUGCAGCAAGAGAAGCCGUGACUUCGGAAUCGAGAGAGCCUGCACUUGUGAAACCGCUUGAUUAUACAUUGGUCUGGUGCUCAAAUGACUUAUCGGAAGAGAGUAAUCGCGAAUGCGGUUACUUCUGGUUACCGCAGGCUCCUCAAGGGUAUAAACCGAUCGGAUUUUUGGUUACGACGAGUCACUUGAAACCGGAAUUGGAUGAAGUUAGAUGUGUUCGAGCUGAUUUAACAGAUAAAUGUGAAUCGCAUAAAGUCAUGAUCACCGCUGUAUCGGAAUCUUUAGGUGUUCCUUUGUUUAUAUGGAAAACAAGACCGUUGGACCGCGGAAUGUGGGGCAAAGGAGUCUCUUCAGGUACAUUCUUCUGCAGAACUUGGUCGAUGAUUCCACCCGAAGAAGAUGAUCAUAUCGGUAUCAUCGCUUGUUUGAAAAACCUUGAUUCGAGUUUACACGCAAUGCCGAAUAUCAAUCAAAUCCAUGCUUUGAUUCAACACUAUGGUCCAACAGUUUUCUUCCAUCCUAGUGAAGCUUAUUUACCUUCUUCCGUCUCAUGGUUCUUCAAGAACGGUGCGGUUUUAUGCAGCUCGAAUUCGAACAUCCACGAACCAGUCGAUGAGAACGGAUCGAAUCUACCUCACGGAGGAACCAACGAUAAACAGUAUUGGAUCGAUUUGCCACAUAAUGAUGAACAUAGAAGUACAUUUCUCAAGCGAGGAGACCUCGAAACAGCGAAGCUCUACGUUCACGUUAAGCCAGCAUUCGGAGGAACGUUCACCGAUCUAGCGUUCUGGAUUUUCUGUCCUUUUAACGGACCAGCGACUCUAAAGCUAGGGCUAGUCAAUUACUCGUUGGCUAGGACCGGUCAACACGUUUGUGAUUGGGAACAUUUCACACUCAGAAUCAGCAAUUUAUCCGGCGAGCUUUACUCGAUUUACUUCUCUCAACACAGUGGCGGAGAAUGGAUCGAAGCUCAAGAUCUUGAAUUCGUCGAAGGAAGUAAUAGAGCAGUGGUUUACUCGUCGAGACAUGGUCACGCGAGUUUUCCCAGGUCUGGUUUGUAUUUACAAGGAUCUGAUAUGCUCGGGGUUGGGAUAAGGAACGAUAUGGCAAGAAGCGAUUUGUUUGUUGAUUCGAGCUCGAAGUAUGAGAUUGUUGCGGCGGAGUAUCUCGGAGACGUGGCGGAACCGCCGUGGCUGGGUUAUAUGAGAGAAUGGGGACCGAAGAUUGUGUAUGAAUCGAGAACGGAGAUUGAGAGGUUGAAGGAGAGAUUGCCGUUGAAGUUAAGGACUUGGGUUGGUGCUGUGUUGAAGAAGCUUCCGGUGGAAUUGUCCGGCGAGGAAGGACCAACGGGACCAAAGGAGAAGAACAAUUGGUUUGGUGACGAAAGAUGGUGA